AUGGAGAGAAGCAAUCAUACAGUGACUGAGUUCAUUCUGGUGGGCUUCACCACAGACCCAACAAUGCAGCUGGUGCUGUUUGUGGUAUUCCUUGGCGUGUACUCACUGACUGUGGUAGGAAAUAUCACCCUCACGGUGUUGAUCUGUAACGACUCCCGGCUGCACACACCCAUGUAUUUUUUCAUUGGGAAUCUGUCUUUUCUGGAUCUCUGGUAUUCCUCUGUCUACACCCCAAAGAUCCUCAUGACCUGCAUCUCUGAAGACAAAAGCAUCUCCUUUGCUGGCUGUGCCACUCAGUUCUUCUUCUCUGCUGGGCUGGCCUACAGUGAGUGUUACCUGUUGGCCGUCAUGGCUUAUGACCGCUACAUGGCCAUCUCAAAGCCAUUGCUUUAUGCUCAGGCCAUGUCAAGGAGAUUGUGCAUCUGUUUGGUUAUAUAUUCCUAUACUGGAGGGUUUGUCAAUGCAAUAAUACUCACCAGCAACACAUUCACGUUGGAUUUUUGUGAUGACACCGUAAUCGAUGACUUUUUCUGUGAUGUCCCACCCUUGGUGAAGUUGGCAUGUGAUGUGAUGGAGAGCUACCAGGCUAUGCUCUACUUCCUACUGGCCUCCAACGUCAUCACCCCCACGAUGCUCAUCCUAGCCUCCUACUUGUUCAUCAUCGCUGCCAUCUUAAGGAUCCGCUCCACCCAGGGACGCCGCAAGGCCUUCUCCACCUGUUCCUCCCACCUGGUCUCUGUCACCUUGUACUAUGGCUCCAUUCUCUACAUCUAUUCUCGCCCAAGCGCCAGCUAUUCCCUUGAAAGGGAUAAAAUGGUGUCCACAUUUUAUACUGUGUUGUUCCCCAUGUUGAACCCCAUGAUCUAUAGUCUGAGGAAUAAGGAUGUGAAAGAGGCCCUGAAAAAACUCUUCCAUUUCAAACAUUUAGAAGUCUGA